AUGCCUCAUAACCCAUUCAUCUUCUCUCCCACACAAUUUGUAAGAAUCUUCGUGAUUGUCAACAUCACCACCUACAUCACCACCCGGGCCUAUCUCGACUCCCGAGCGCAACCACCACCACUACCGGCUCCUAGUGCCCCUCAACCCCGCCUCAACGAGGAGGGGAAGUACAUCACCAACACAAGCACCGCCACCACACCUACCACCGCCAUCAGCAGCAGCCUUGCGCCCACAGCGCCAGCUGUAGUAACGAUGGCGCCAAAAGGCAAAGGCGAAAACACAAAAAAAGCCGCGGGCAACGCGCGCAAGGCCGACGCCGCAGCCCAAAAACAAGCCGCCGCCGACGCAGUAGCAGCCUCGCGCGAGGAGGAGAAAUGGGCACAAGGCUCCAAGGACACAUCUAAAAAGCAAGCUGCUGCCGCAAAGGCCGCAGAACAGGCUGCGAAAAAGGCCGAGCGGGAGGCGAUGUUGGCGGAAGAAGAGAAGGGGAUGCGCGAUAAACCCAAGGGCGCGAACAAGAAGACCGCGGAGAAGAAAUCUCGUGGGACAUUGGACCUGUCCCAGUUGGACAGUGGCGAGCCCAGCUCGAAAGAACGCGCCCUGAACGCAUCCGGAAUCGACAACGCGCUGGACGCUUUGUCGCUAACCACCGGCUCCCAAAACGACAUGAAACUCGACCGGCACCCGGAACGCCGUUUCCCCGCCGCAUACAAGGCGUACGAAGAACGCAGGUUGCCAGAAAUCGACAAGGAACAUCCCGGGUUGAGACGGAACCAGAAGAUCGAACUCAUUAAGAAGGAGUUUGAAAAGAGCGAUGAGAACCCGUUCAACCAGGCGGGCAAUGUGAGGUAUGAUGCGAGCAAGGAGGAAUUGGCGGAGCAUAAGAGGAAAGUGAGGGAGGGGGUGGAGAAUCGGUUGGGCGAGAAAUAA